AAUUGAUGUAUUCUCCUGGUGUCGCUUGCUGUCAAUUGAAGUGGGAAGAGAUUUGCCUCUGAAUGCCCCUGAACGUGAACGCAUAACCUCCAUUAAGGCCGCAAUCUUGAACUAUGCAAACACACACACACACAUAAACGACAGCGGCGACAGCGACGACAGCGAACGAAUCGUAGCCAGUCGACGCUCCGUCGUUAACGCUUUUGCCGCUAUUUUUUCCCGAUAACAACGACGACGACGACGACGCCAUUGAAAUACGAAUGCAAUAUUGCAAGCACACACACAUGCAGACACACACACACACACACGUAGAGUGAAAUUUUCGAGUGUAGUUCUGAGUGAGUGGGCGAAGCUUUGCCUGUCGCACUGCCUAAUAGAUUUGAGCGUAUGAAUGUGUGUGUGUUUGUAAAUAUGUAUGUAUGUGUGUGCGUAUUUCUCUAACUAUGUAUGUGACGCAUUUAUUAAUAGCACUGGCAAAAAGGAAAAAAAAGGGAACAGUGAAAAGUGAAACAGUCAUCCACAGCGCCGUACUAAAGCUCUAUUUUCUGUCUCUUUCUUGCACCCGCUCUCUUUGCAGAUCAAGUGAAACUUUAAAUACAACAACAGCUAGCAGCCUAAGCACUACAACAACACAAAAGCGCACUUAAGCCUAGCAUUAAGAAGCAUUCUACAACCACAGUUAGCUGUAUAUUCAAAAUGCAUGGACAUAAUCAUCUCCAGCAACAGCAGCAGCAACAGCAGCAACAGCAGCAGCAGCAGCAGGUGCCGCAGCAGCUGCAACAAAUGUCUGCCACAAUGAAGCUGGCUCCACAUCCACAGCAGCAGCAGCAGCCACAGCAGCAACAAACACACAUAGCCAUACAGCAACAGCAUCCACAACAUCCACAGCAUCCACAACAUCCACAACAUCAUCCGCAUCAUCACGCCAAGCUGCUGCGACGCUCGCGCAGUCGCAGCCGCAGCCCCACGCCGGACGGCACGCAGGACUAUGAUGUGACGCGCAUGCGCGAGGAGGACUUUGAGCGUCUGGCCGUCUAUCUGGUGCCCGAUGUGCAAGCGGAGCGCGGGCUGCCCAAUCGAGCGGACAAGACGCUGCCGCGCAGCCUGACGCUCAAGUCCUCCAUGGUCUACUCAACGCCAAAUGUCAAGACUGAAGGAGUUUGGAGCAGCGGCGUCAUACCGCGUGGCACACGCUUUGGCCCUUUCGAAGGCAUUCCAACCUCCAACUAUCCGAACGAUAAGAACAAGGCGCGCUAUUUCUGGCGGAUCUUCAAGGAUGAUGAUUAUUAUUAUCUGGAUGGCUCAGAUCGUUCGCAGUCGAACUGGAUGCGAUAUGUGGCCUCGGCCUACAGCUUGUCGGUGAUGAACCUGGUCGCGUGCCAGCACCAGGAGAACAUCUAUUUCUAUACCACCCGCGACAUACUGCCCAACGAGGAGCUGAUGGUCUGGUACUGCAAGGACUUUGCCAGCCGCCUGGGCUACGAUGUGGACCCGGAGCGCACCAUAUUCGGCGCCUGCAAGCAGGACGUCGAUGUCGAGGAGGAGGAGGACGAUGAGCUGCCGCACAAGAAGCCCCAUUACGCCAUGGCCGCACCCGAAAUACCCGCCGAGGUGGCUGUCAGCCACAUCACCUAUGUGAUGGGUCUGCAUUUGCCGGGUGCGCCAGCGCCAGCGCCGGCGUCAGCUCCAGCAGCAGUUGCCCCCGCGCCCGUUGCCGCCCAGUGCUGUCGUCGUGGCAGUCCGCCGGCCCAUGUCAGCACCACCACCACCAGCAACAACAACAACAACAGCAGCAGCAGCAACCACAAUGGAGCGCUGCAUCCGCACAUACAGCACAGCCGGCACGCGUCCGUCAUCAUUGGCCAGGAUCGCUCGCCGCUGAACAGCAGCUGCGACAAGGAAGCCAUGGGAUCUCCACUGUGCGUCAAGGAUGCCCACUACGAGCAUCAGUUGACGCCACAGGAUGGCAGCGUGCGCUCGGUGCGCUCCGAUGAGGGCUACCACAGCAACGAGUGCCAGGAGGAUGGCCUGACGCCGCCGGAGGACUCCAGCGACAGCGAGAGCGAGCACAACUAUGUGCUGGACUGCUCCAAGAAGGCCAUUGCGCCCAAGGAGACGGUCAUUGCGCAGGCGCAGAAGCCCAGCAGUGCGACGCCGCCCGCCACCACGCCCACCGCCGUCACGCCCAGCUGUGAGGCGGACAAGAACGAGUACCGCAAAUUCAAGGUGAAGAUGCCGCUGAAGUACGAGUUCAAGAACAAGAGCUGCGUCAAAACGGAGCCGUUGAAGGAUGUGGACGAGCAUCUGCCACUAGCUGGCGUCAGCCUGGAGGAGGAGGAGCUGCACGAGCUGCACGCAGCGGCGGCCGUGCACUCCGAGGACUCGCUCUGCCCGCCCAGCACGACCACAACGCUGGGCGAGGAGCAGCACCUGCAGCACCUGGAGCCAACCAACACCCAGCCCGCCUCCUCGACGGUCAUUGUGCUGGAGCACAAUUCCGGCGGCCAGGCGCGCACCAUUGUGCCGCUGAGCAAGCCCUACUACGAGGCCGAUCCGCCCGGGGAACGCUAUGUGCGCUUCACGCAGCCCAGCUCCAGCAUACUGGAGACCAUUCUGACCAGCCAGCAUCGCCUAGAGGCAGCUGCCGCGGCAGCGAACGCCUGCCGGCAGGCGAAUGCAGCCACGCCGCCGCCCACUUCGCCCACGGAGAUGGCCUACAGCUACAAGAAGUCGCAGCGCUACGGCAACGCGGUGAGUCCCGACUCCAGCUCGAAUCUGGGCCAGCCCCAGGAGCUGGCCGGCGGCCAUGCUGUGAGCGAGCAGGAGCUGGUCCUGAGUCGCGGCACCCUGAUCAAGGGCGAGUGCUCGCCGCCGCCUGCCGCCUCGCAUCUGCACCACAAUGUCAUCUACUCGCCCUCGAGGUCCCAUCACGCCGCCUACGAGCCGGGCAGCCACUCGCCCAACUAUGCGGGCUAUGCGGGCUAUCCGGGCGCGCAGUCGCUGCAUGCGGCCACCUCCACGUUCCACUCGCCGCCGCACAGCUCGCACUCGCCCUUCGAUCGCCAGUCGAAUGCGUCCAGUGGCGGCGGCUCCGCCUCCAAUUUGCAUCUGCUGCAGAGCAGCACCCAGAUGCUGAACCAUCCGCUGAUGCAGCCGCUGACGCCGCUGCAGCGCCUCUCCCCGCUGCGCAUCUCGCCGCCCAGCAGCCUCAGCCCCGACGGCAACUCGUGUCCGCGCAGCGGCAGCCCGCUGAGUCCCAAUUCGUUGGCCUCGCGUGGCUAUCGCUCGCUGCCGUAUCCGCUGAAGAAGAAGGAUGGGAAGAUGCACUACGAGUGCAAUGUCUGCUGCAAGACCUUCGGCCAGCUGAGCAAUCUCAAGGUGCAUCUGCGCACCCACUCCGGCGAGCGGCCCUUCAAGUGCAACGUCUGCACGAAGAGCUUCACCCAGCUGGCGCACCUGCAGAAGCACCACCUGGUGCACACGGGCGAGAAGCCGCACCAGUGCGACAUCUGCAAGAAGCGCUUCUCGAGCACAUCCAAUCUGAAGACGCAUCUGCGCCUGCACAGCGGCCAGAAGCCCUACGCCUGCGAUCUCUGCCCGCAGAAGUUCACGCAGUUUGUCCACCUGAAGCUGCACAAGCGCCUGCACACCAACGACCGGCCUUAUGUGUGCCAGGGCUGUGAUAAGAAGUACAUCAGCGCCUCCGGCCUGCGCACGCACUGGAAGACCACCAGCUGCAAGCCCAACAAUCUGGAGGAGGAGCUGGCCAUGGCGGCGGCAGCCACAUCCGAGUGUCUGGACAAGGACUUGCCCGAGCCGGACUCGCGGGAGGCCUACGAGCAGCUGCAGCAGCACAUGCAUCCAGUGCAUCCGAGCCUGCGUCACUUGACUGGCGCUCAGUCGCCGCCGCGUCUCAUUCCAUUGGGCAGCAACGGACAGCCGCACAUGCAUAUGCAGCAGCUGCAGGGACACCAGCCCCAUCAGCCAAGCAAUGCGCCGCCAGGUCACCUGAUGUUGCCGCAGCACUCGCCGCACAGCGGGCCGCCCAUGCUGCUGACCACGGCCAAUCAGCUGCCGCCGCCCACAGCGCCCCACCACAUGCAGCAGCAGCAACAGCAGCCGCCGCAGGCCUCGCCCAACCGACAGCCGCCCACACAUCAGCAGCAGCAGCAGCAACAGCAGCAACAGCAGCAGCAGCAGCAACAUCUGGGAGCAGCGCAUCAUCUGGCGCAGCACUCGCCCAAGUCGCUGAAGCCGCUGCCCGACUCGGGCUACCUGCACGGAGCGCAUGUUCAGACGCAGGAGAACCGGCCCUCGGUCAUCGAGUCCUCCAGCCAGCCGAUGAUCAUUAAGUGCACGUAGAGCCAGGGCGGGGUUGGUCCCACUCCCCCCAAAAAAAAAAAAACAAAAAACAAAAACUGUAAAUUAAAGUGCAAUAUAAAACAACAAACAACAAGUAGAAUUUAAGAUCAAGAGAAGAAGAGAAGCAAACCCGAACCGAAGUGGACAGACGUUACCUAACAGCAGCACAAGCAUACAUAACGGUAUUAUUAUUAGAUUGUACAUAGCCAGGCGGGCCCAAAUAACAACAACACAA